AAAUAGGAAGGAAGACCAUCGAAUUUAUACAGUUGUGAUUUGUGAGUCAGUAGUAAAUGUUUUACGAAUUUUUCAUCAUGAAAUUGUUGAUCGUUGUUGUUUUCGCUUGUCUGAGCUGCGCGCUCGCUGCCCCAGUCGCAGGACCGAACCCCAACGCAGCUCCUGAACCAUCUCCUUACAAUGCCUACUACAGCACCUAUUCUGGAUACUAUCCGUAUUAUGCUCCAGGCUAUCUAAGCCCUGACUUCGGGCUCGCUGGAUCGUCAUCAUAUAGAUAUGCGUACAAUUACAUUCCCAAUAAUUAUGGAGUACGUUAUGGCACACCAUAUCCGUAUGCUAUCUAUUGAUUUUCUUUAUACGUUUCGAGAUGCUAUCGAAAAUCAUCUGUUAAACAUAUCCGCAACAUUUUAUAGUAAACUUAAUGAAAUAUUUCAUUUAUAAUACGUUUGUACAAAAACCAAUUUUUUUACUUUGCGAAGAGUGGUGCCUCAAUGCUCACACUAUUCGCAAAUUAUUAAAGAUGAAUAUUCAAUUA